CCUUUUUUAGAAUGUACUAACUAUAAUCAUGUAAAGGUAUUUGUGUUUUUUUUUUCUUAUCAAGUAAAAUCUGUUGACCAAGACCAACACAUUGGGGUGAUGGCUUUUGUACAUUGUAGUCUCUUUGUUCGUUUUAUAAGGCAAUUUUUACACCAUCACACAGUUACACUUAUACUACAAUACUAGUAUAUAAUAUACUAAUAUAUUCCCUUUAUCCUAGCCACACUGGUUUUGAUGUGUUUUCAUAUCACCCGUCAUGGACCUGCCUUGGCAGCUGUACUGUCUCUUUAAGAAACCCGGAAGUGGUUCCCUUCUGUGUGUUCACGUGUUCACUGGUCGCGGGUCCAAAACAGACAGCUCAGCUCCCUCCUGGCUAUGAUAUCCAAUCCUGCUAUCUGGGCUUUUCGAAGCAGUGUAAGGUGCUGGCGACACCGGGCUGUCCUCAAAGCGGCCCUGCAGGCCUCGGACGUCAAAGCUUGGCGUUGGUACUCGACCUCGAUUCGUGGUGGUGUCACGGGCAUGGAGGAAAUACUGACGAGGGUCGUUGCACCUUUACCCACUUACGAAACGAGAGACAAAUCCCCUCCUCCUCCUGAGUCGAAUAGCUUGGAGUUUAUGCACUUCUACAGCAGUCUAGACAAGGAAGAUAAACUUGGCUUUCUCACAAAGCUCUCGCAGGACUUUGGAGUAGACCAUAAAAACCUUUCAGAGCUCGCUGUGAGGCUGUUGGAUACCCAGCUACGAGACUUGGCUACCAUUUUGCAAGUUGAAGACAGGCUCCGAUACGGUUUGACUCCCCGUUAUAAACAGUUGCUGAAUCAUAUAAGCAGAGUCGAGGGGGGAGUAAAGUUUCUGGUGGAUCUCCGAGCCGAUGUGCUUGAAAUAAUCUCAUCAAAAGCUAGCGAGAGUCCGCACAUCAGGGACCUGAACGGCACGCUGAAGAGCUUGCUUUCUGAGUGGUUCUCUGUUGGUCUGCUCCGGCUGGAGAGAAUCACCUGGCAUUCCCCAUGUGAGAUACUGCAGAAGAUCAGCCAGUACGAGGCCGUGCACCCUGUGAGGAACUGGAGUGACCUGAAGCGCAGAGUGGGGCCAUGCCGCCGUUGUUAUGCCUUCACCCACGCCGCCAUGCCAAUGGAGCCGCUGGUUGUGCUACACGUGGCCCUGACUGAAGACAUCUCCGAUAACAUACAGAGCAUCGUCCGCGAGUUCGCCCCUCUCGAAUCCGAGGAGGACGUGAAUAAGAUAAAUGCAGCCAUCUUUUACUCCAUCUCCUCCACCCAGGCUGGCCUUCAAGGGGUGGAGCUGGGCAACUACCUCAUCAAGAGGGUGGUGCGAGAACUACAGAGCGAGUUCCCGCACAUGGCCCAGUUCUCCAGCCUGUCUCCGAUCCCGGGCUUCUCCUCCUGGCUCCAAGGCCUGCUCAGCCAGUACAGGAAGGAGGGUCGGGGCUCAGACCUCCUCUCGGAGCAGGAGUGGAAGGAGGUGGAGCAGGCCACCGACUCGGCCCCGGGGACCCCAGCCAUGGAGGCCCUCCGCAAGCUGAUCACCUCCAGUGAGGGGCUGCGUUCCGAGCGCUUGGCCCGUGUCCUGGAGCCCGUCCUGAUGCGCCUUUGCGCCUGGUAUCUGUACGGGGAGAAAAGGCGGGGUUACGCUCUGAACCCUGUGGCCAACUUCCACCUGCAGAACGGCGCCACCAUGUGGAGGCUCAACUGGCACGCUGACACCAGCCCGAGGGGCGUGGCCAGCUCCUGCGGCAUCAUGGUGAACUAUCGCUACUUCCUGAGCGACACGUCCAAAAACAGUGCUGUUUACCUGCAGAAUAAGGUCAUCACUGCUUCAGAGCAGGUGCUCGGUCUGGUGUCCCAAUUUCAGAAAAACAGCAAACUGUGAGAAAGACACGAGGAUACACCCAAAAACAUCCAUCUGUUCUGUUUGAAUGCACUUUCUACCAUUAAUUUAACCUAAUUUGUGAUGUUUCAAAUGUCCAAAGUGAAGAAAAUCUGGUUUUGUAGCAGCACUCAAUGGACAGCUGAUGUUGUUUUUUUUAAGUUUCUCACAUGAGGCGUCUCAUCCCAUCUCCUGCAUGUAGUGCAUAGGUUAGGCUCCCCGCCUCAUCGGGUUUCUGGUUGAAGCCGUUUGAUAUUGUGUAAGUGCCUCCCAGGCUGAGAGACUGUAGCUAAUGAAGCACGAGGCAUCUAUCAAUGCUUUACAUGUUCCCGGAUAACAGUGUGUGUAAUGGUGAAGCUGGAGAAAUGAGGAAUGCAGCUACUGGAAUAAAUGAUGUUUAGAUUCCUUCA